AUGUACUACAUCUUCUCAGCAUUGUGGAAAUAUAUCACUUCUUGUCUCAAAUCCAGUAAACCUGAAACACUCAAAGCAACACAACCAAGUUUGAAUAAAUUGAUGCACCUUUCAAGAGUCACAACACGUACAAUCGGACGUUUAAGCAGACCAUACAAUGAUGGGGGUAGACUAUCAAUUUGUAGUAAUGGAAAAACCCAAAAAGAAUAUACGAAACCAAAGAAAGUUUUGAACCCAGUUAACAAAGCAAACAAAAGGAUAGAAAAAAGAAUUGUGGAUGGAUCGUUUAGUAUUGGUGAAGAGGUCACUCAAUUCAAAAAUGGUGUGCAAAUACCAAUACAACUUCAAAUGAUGCAAAUUAAAAGGAAAAUUGAUGAAGUUUGGGGGUUAACAGAGAUGAAGAAGGAAAACAAUUUCAGAGAAUCUACUAGACGACCAGUAUCACUCUUCCCAACUUGGAAAGUCGACUAG